AAGAGAUUCAGCAGAACAGGGUCACGGAACCACGGUUGCCGCUGCUAAAAACAUCAGCUUGAAAGUAGGACACGUUGUUGGUCGAGCAUGCCCAGUAACACGGCUCAACUCCUGGAGUCCGACGAUACUGACCCGGACCUCCCGGUACCGGUACAGAACCUGAGCGGGAUGAGCCUCCGGGAUGAAGAGAGUCCAUCAGAACUAACGUUACAUGAUACUUCUCAUCUGGGUGUCCUGGGUGCGGUUUUGGACCUCCAGCCCUUGUCCCAAACUGGAUCAGAGGAGGAAAACACCACCAACACUAACAAUAACAACAUCAUCAGACAUGAUGCUGAUCUGGACCAGCUGAGGGCCCGGGCCCUCACAGCCAUGGAGGCCCCGGGGACCGGUGUGCUCUUCCUGGACGGGCUGGGCGAGUCCCAGGGCUAUCAGGUUCAGGGGAGCAUGAUGAUGGCGAUGAUGAUGAUGCAGGAGGGUGAGAGGUGUGCGCUCAAUACCAGGAGGAAGAGCGUGAACACAACAGAGUGCGUGAUGGUGCCCACAUCUGAGCAUGUGGCGGAAAUAGUUGGUCGGCAGGGUUGCAAAAUCAAAGCUCUGAGAGCAAAGACCAACACUUACAUCAAAACCCCCGUGAGAGGAGAGGAGCCCAUGUUUGUAGUGACCGGCCGGAAGGAGGACGUCAUCACGGCCAAGCGUGAGAUUCUGUCCGCGGCCGAGCAUUUUUCCCUCAUCCGGGCGUCUCGGAACAAAGUGGCACCGACAAACAGCAAUCCUUGCCAUCCGGGACAGACCACCAUCCAGGUUCGGGUGCCGUAUCGAAUGGUAGGGCUCGUGGUGGGGCCAAAAGGAGCGACUAUCAAGAGGAUCCAGCAGCAAACCCACACCUACAUCGUCACGCCAAGCCGCGACAAAGAACCGGUGUUUGAGGUGACCGGGAUGCCCGAGAAUAUAGACCGAGCCCGAGAGGAGAUCGAGUCUCAUAUUGUGACGCGUACCGCAGGAAGCGUGGACACCACUGUGGACGAUGAUGAUUUCCACUACAACGGCACCGACGUUGGUUUCGAGUCGGGCGGCAACAGAGCCUGGCUCUUCUCUGGCAGCGUUUCAAACUUCCACAGCAACGCCACGGGCUAUCGCAACGACAGCUCCAGCUCGCUCGGAAGCAGCUCUAGCGAGUCCUACUACAGCGGGAAAGGCAGCGCAGUGGCGGAUCUCAGUCCCGGCAGCAGCGGAGGCACAUUCUGGUUUGGCGAUUCCCAGUUGCCUUUGGGAUCCGAAGAUCCUGUGGGAUACGACGGGCUAACGAUGAUGGCGCCAUCCGCCAAUCCAUCAUUGUGGAGCGCUCUCGAGCAGGGAGGAGCGAGUUUGCCCACUACGCCGAGGCUCUCUCCGUCCAUUCUGGCCCGUCUGUCUCCGUCUCUUCCGGAGGAUCAUCCGCUGGUUCGGUUAGUGCAGGAGAAUUCCCAGAGCCUCCCGGCCUUUGGUUCUGUGUUUUCCCCGUCUAGCGACAGCACAGGCUCCAGCUCUCCGCCGGACAUGCGCACUUACCCCAAACACAGCCAAGCUCCUGCGUGCGUACGCUGCGGAGACAACGUGGCGGCGCUUGUCCUGGGCGGGCAAAACCUUGUUUGUUUGGAGUGUUCCAACUCCAUCCUGCAAAACGCAUAGAGAGAGGAAAAAAAUUGGGAUGGGGAGGAGUAAACUGGGUUAAUUUUUUUACAUUGAAAUACUUCUUAUUACGUUGAAAUAAGGUUUUUGAUUAAUAACCACCGUUGAGUUCAUCUCAAAGAUUUGCGUUUAGUUGUCGCGGCGAGCGGUGCUGGGGUUUAGCAGUGCUAAAUUGCCAUCACUUGUGUUUUUUGUUGUUUUGUUUUCAAAGUAUGGACUUGUUUGUUUACAUUUCCAUGUGCCUGAUUCCAUGAAGGUGGUGGUGUGGAUUGGCGAUGUUGCUGCGAAAGCAUCUGUGGUCUUUAGUUUCUGUUUCACAACACUAGAGUCGAGCAGUACGCGAUCAUAAAGAGCCGUCCUGAACGCCACCUAAGGGACCACUUUGAGCAUCUCCGUACGCAAUACGAAAUUGAAGGGCAUUGCUUGUCCUCAUUAUAGGAAUAGUUAAAUAAAAUUUGCUGAAAAUGUACUCACCCUCAGGCCAUCCGAGAUGAAUG